GAGGUCGCGGCCGCUGCGAAACCAAAGGCGGGGAAGACGGGGCGGCCUCUCCUCAGGCGCCCCGCCGCCGUGCCGCCCGCCAAGCAGCCCCCGUCGCAGCGCUCGCUUUCUCAGUUCUUGACCGCGAAGAAGGGCGGCGGCGCACCGCCUGCGAAGGCAAAGGCGAGCGCGGAGCCCAAGGCAAAGGCCAAACAGAAAGCGAAGAAGAAGCCAGCAGCGGCGGCACCUUCGACGGCGGAGGGGGGCGCAGCAGCAGGGGCGGACGAGGCAGAGCCACAGCAGCAGGCUCAGACGCAGCACAACAAGAAGUCGGUUGCAGCCUCGCAAGCACCGCCGGCAGCGGAGGCAGAGGCAGCAGCAAACGCGGAGGGUUCGGAGGAUGCAGAGCCACAGCAGCAGCGUCAGGACGCAGCGCCGACGGAGGCAGAGGCGGCAGCAGAGGAGCCGCAGGCCGCGCCCUCAGACACGUUCGAGGCCGCCACGGACGAAGCAAAAGAUGACUACGGCCGCUUCACGACGGGCUACGACCCACCCUGCCCAGGCCCGACGUGCGCCAAGUGUGGUCGGGAUGCGGAGAGCGUCCGCUUCAGGCUCGCCCAGAAGAGCGCCAACACGUGGUGGUGUGGGAGCUGCAACAGCAAGAGUUCGAUGGUGCAGCGCUGCUAUGCGCACUGGCCACCGCGCUCGUUCGCUCUCAUGCGCAAGGCGGACCAGCAGGCGUUCUGGCGCUCGAUGGACGACCCUUCCAUUGAGAACAACGCUCAGUUCGAAGAGGAGCUUGUGAAGGUCCUCAGCGUCUCGAGGGGGUGCGACGCGGACGCCGCCCGUGCCAACGACGACGUGAGGUACAAUUCCGACUUGAAGCAGGAUUGUUACCGCAUCCGCAUCGAGGGCAGCAGGCAGGAGAACAUCGAAGAGACAGUGAGGCAGGAGCUCCGCCAGAACAGGAAGCCGCCGAGGCCAUCCCCACCGAAGCAUCAGAAAGCCGUGGAGCCACUCCCGCAAAAGACGCACCGCUCGCCGAGCGGUGGCUACGAGGGCCCCACAGGCGCUGGUCGCCGCUCGACGAGUCGGAGCGGCGACGGCGACCGUUCGCAGAACCGCCAGCUGAAGCGGGGCCACUCCAGCAGCGGCGACGGCAAGGACCGCUCCUCCAGCCGCGGCCGCAAGCGCAGCAGCCGCGGCCGCAGGGCGGACAGCCGCCAGAAGCACCGCUCUUCCAGAGGCCCCCGCAGAGCCGACGCGAAGGGCCGCCGCUCGAGGAGCCGCAGGGCGCACAGCGAGAAGGAGAAGGCCCGCUCGAGGAGCCGCAGGGCGCACAGCAAGAAGGACAAGGCCCGCUCGAGGAGCCGCAGGGCGCACAGCAAGAAGGACAGCCGCAAGAAGGGGCGCUCCCAGUCUCGCAAGACGGGUCGCUCCCAGUCUCGCGAGAAGCAGCGCUCGAGGAGCCGCAGCGACCGCGGCAAGAAAGGGAGGGACUCGCGCAGUCGCAUCAGGAGGGAACGCAGCGAGCAGAAACGUGCCCAGAAGGCCAUCAAGGACCGCAAGGCGUUGGCGAUGAAGACGCUGGAAAAGACGGGGUCCUGGGGCGUGCAGCUCGCAUCGCUCCUCGACGGCGAGGACUGCUCCAGGGUGCCGACCUGGGCGGUGAAGAACGCGAAGGACAGCCACAAGGAUAUCUCGAAGCUCAGGGAGGCCGCGAAGACCGCGCUCGAGGACCCCAGGGCGAGCUUGCCGUACGAGGCGAAGGCCCUGGAGGCAGCCCUCGCCGACGCCAAGACCGCUAUCGGUGGCCUGCGUUCGGCCAUCGAGCAC